AUGGAAAAUUUGUUUGGAGUCCAAAAUUCAUGUCACUCACUGGCAGAUGAUGGCUUAAAUAAAACCAGACAAAGUUUACAUAGAAUGAUACAGCAGUUAGCGAUACCCUAUAUUUCAGUGUUCGAUGAAGACCAUGAAGUUCUCGUUCACCGAGAUAUCCCAAAGAAUCAAUGUUUAUCCCUCAAACCACACCCCACUUACCGGGAGCCCCAAGAUUGUAGUAGUGAAGUAAUAAUACCAAACAGCAUUCAGCUCAAAUGCGAACGUAUAAAUUCGAAGAAUGUCCGUGUAAAGUUCGGAUAA